GCGCACAGAUAGUUAGUGUGUUAACGCAGCGAACAUUUGUCGACAGGUCACAGUUGUCACUUUACCGAAAGGGCACCGAUUUUGGAUUACCGUUUUUUAUGUGACUUGUGAUGAACAGCGAUAUUUCCAGGGAAUCAAGAGAAAUGGACACACCGUCAUCCUAUACAUUCGACUCAGAGGACUACAGUCCAAGUUACAAGAGGCGGCGGACAGUGGAGGAUUUUAACAAGUUCUGCACCUUUGUGUUGGCAUAUGCGGGGUAUAUUCCCUACCCUCAGGAGGAGGCUCCACUGAGGAGCAGCUCCAGCCCACCCAACAGCACAGGCAGCACCGCAGACAGCGACGGCUGGGAGACCCCGCGGUGCGACCACGACCGUGACCAUGACCCGCCGUCCUCUGGCGACCCGGCCCGGCCCAAGAGCCGCAAGAACUUCAGGGGCUUCAAGGGGCCAGAGAAGAGGGGCGGCGACCACCAGGAGCCCCUGAAGCGCUCCAAGUCGACCGGCCUCCAUUUGGACGGGAGGCAGAAGACGGACAAGGUGAAGAAGAAGAAGAAGCUGAGGAAGAGGGAGGGGGCGGAGCUCAGGGCAGUGCCGGGGAAAGAAGAGGCGGGGCUUCCCUUCGCAGGCCGCCAAAUCAAGGAGGAGCCUCAGGACGACUUCGGCACCUUCUCCCCGUCCAUGUGCACCCUAGACCCCGACAGGUCCGGCACCAGCCCCCAGAGUUCCACCGCCAGUCCUGCGCACCGCUCCCCUGCAGAUGCACCCAGCCUCGGCGUUCGCUGCAAAGAGGAGUCUGACGUGGAGCACCCCUGCUGGGAGCCCUGCAGGGAGCUCGAACCCAGAGCAGCGGCCAGGGACGAGAAGCCGCAGCAGCAGGAGGAGGAGGAGAUGGAGGGCCUGCCUGGGAAAAGAACUGUGGUCCGGCAGGGCAAGCAGGUGGUGUUCCGGGACGAAGACGGCUCUGGGGAUGACGAGGACAUCAUGGUCGACUCAGAUGACGACUCCUGGGACCUGGUAACGUGCUUCUGCAUGAAGCCCUUCGCCGGUCGGGCCAUGAUUGAGUGCAAUCAGUGCAACACCUGGAUCCACCUCUCUUGUGCCAAAAUCCGCAAAUCCAACGUCCCCGAGACGUACAUCUGCCAGAGGUGCAGGGACUCCAAGUUUGACAUCCGUCGCUCCAACCGUUCACGCAUGGGGUCCAGGAAACACCUCCUGGAUUGACCAACCCCGCCCACAGAACUUCAACAAGACUUUUUUUUGUACCCUUGAGGGCGGGGUAUGACGAGAUGGACAAGACGGACUUGCCCCGAACAAGGCUAAAUUACCCACAUGUUCGAGUGCACCAAUCAGUGCAGAGUGUUUUCCCCCAAAAACGUUGCGUGCAAGGCAAUCAUUACAGAUCGCAUUAAAACUAUAGCAUUAAACCAAUAAGCUUUGACUAUAGACGGAUGUCUUGAACGGACACCGAAAACGCGGGAUGUGACUCGACCCAGAGCGGACAUAAAUAUUGGUACCUAACGGUAAGAAGGUGGUGAACAGUGCACUUUUUUUCUAAGAGGAGGAGAAAAUUUGUCACAAACUUCUCCCAUAUCUCGGAACUUCAGAGGUACAUCCUGUCUAUCAGACAUUUUUAUGUACAUAACGUGCAGACCUGCGUUGUUCAAACAGCCUAGGCUGUCUUCAUAUAUAUCCAUCCUGCCCUUUUGUUUUUCUUGUUGUUUUCUUUGCCAUUAGUAUCAUAAAUGGAGAAUUUGAUAUUGUUGAAUAAAUUGUUGGUGGUUUUACUGAAACAUUUUUCUUUUUGUAUGGACUUUAACAAUGCACAUGUCUCUAAUUGGAUGUUUUCAGUCUGCGAUGGAGCGAAGAGUGAUCGUUCCACUCUGACCGGAGCAAUCCUGUUUUUGCUGUAUCGGGCACCGGGAGCCCAGACUCGUGUUGCUGGGUGGGGAGAGGUUGGAGAGUGGGAAUCGGGUUCUCCACCUGUGGACGCCUGUUGAGCUGCCCUUAACUGCUAAUUUCAUCAUGCUUUAUGCUGUUUCACCAUGUGAUUAACACCUUUAGCGUUAGCAUUAACACGUUCAAAUAUCACGCUGUUCCCCUGUGCUUUUUUUUUU